CGGCUGUACGCUAAUCAGCUGUACUGGGGCCCUGGAGUGAAGAUCAUAGCUACGUACAGUCGCAGAGGGUUCCAUGUACAACAGACAAACCUUUUCCCUGAGAAGGUCGGGGACUUGCGAGGGGCUGUGCUCAAGGUUAGCACGUUCAACUUCGAGCCGAGCAUCAUUUACUACCGUGCUGAGAACGGGUCGCUCCUUUUUCGUUUCGGCGAGGAAAUAUCUCUCAUCAAAGCUAUCGCACGCUCGCUGAAUUUCACCCCUAAAUUUGCGGAGCCUGCUGACGGAGAGACGUGGGGGUGGAUGGCGAAAACGGAUCUUGGACAGGAAUACAUGGCGAACUGCAGAGAGACGAGGUGGACAUCGUAAUUUCCAACUUAUACGUAUCGUAUAUCCGCGCAAAGAUGUAUGACUUCACGGUUCCUUUCCAAUACGAGAUGGCCUGCUUUAUGGCGCGCACGGAGCUGCCGCUGCCCCGCUGGCAGGCCCUAGCCUUUCCUUUCCAAAACUGGACUUGGCUGGCUAUCUUCUGUGGCAUUAUCGCAUCUGGUCCUGCACUCUGGCUAGUGGCUAAUCUCAGCAAUGUGUGCGGAGAGGAGUUGUCCAGCUUCCGUUGGCUCAGCUUUAGCUGGUACUAUGCCUUUGGCCUCCACUUUUGCGAGUCUCAACAUUUUCUCCCACACAUGCCGAGCACGCGAAUUUUCGUUGUCUUCCUAUGGAUGUACUGCAUGAUUCUUACCAUAGUGUACUCAGGAAACCUGACUGCCUUCAUGUUGGUGCGUCGAGCCCCUGCUUCUAUCCAGACCGUAGAGGAUUUAUAUCACUCCGGCCUUGAGGUGGCUGCCUUAGGAGAGCUUGUAUUUAUGUCAAGCAUUGUAACCGCCACUGAUCCCUACUUAAGGGGUCUGAGCAAAGUGUUCCGUGUCUAUGCCAGCGAGUAUGAGGUGUUUCCUAUCGUGCUGGCCGGCAAGGCGGUGUUUCUGGAGAGCCGCAGCUUCGGAGAAUUCCAUAUAGCCACACGGUUCACUCAUGGAAGUGAGAGCUCAAUGCGGUUCAUGAAGGAGUGUUUCGCGCCCUAUCCUAUCGCCAUGGCCCUCCAGAAACAUUCUCCUCUUAAGCGCAAAUUCGACACAGUGAUCGGGCGGGUGGUGGAGAGCGGCCUCCUGCACCACUUCUUCCAAGAGUCCGUCAGACUCACCGCCACCAUGAAAGUAAUGAUGAGUGUGGUUCAGUACACUGACCGUAUUUCAUAAAUUAUUAUUGAAUUUGAUAAAUUGUUGUUGGUUUUCCUCUUCCAUUUCAAAUCCGUAUGUGAAUAUUCAUGACACAUCCACAAGUGUAUCAAUAUCACUAGAAUACAUUACUUGCCUCGUACAGUUGACCUUAUCAGCUUGAAAGUCUUUGUCCAUGCGACAUUAAAUUUUCUUCACACUGGGGGCGCUCCAACGUUCGGCAGGAGUACGGAGGCGUGGAUAAGAUGGUACCGGUCGCACAGGAAAGCGCUGUGAUGGCCCUGAACCUGGACCACUUACAAGGGCUCUUCAUCGUCCCGUGCUUUGUCCUAAUCCCGUCUCUCCUAGUUUUUGCCUUAGAAAAGCUGUAUUUCGUUUCCAACCAAGAAUAAAUCCUAUAAAUGUUCCUGACUGCAAUGGUAAAUGGUGCAGGCGGUGUGAUUUUAGAGUAAAGCCUGUUACGAUAAGAAAACAAACUCAUUCUUAGAUUUUCUAUUGUAACCAGUAAUGUCACCAGUAAAUAUUAUACAGAAAUCCUGACAAGACUAA